CCCGAGUUGGGCCAGCAGGCGGCUGGAGCGGUGGCGGGAGUGGCGGCGGCAGCCUGAGUAGCAGUGAGGGCUUCGAGUGGCGGGAAGUACGGUCAUGGACCAUAUCACCGUACCCAAGGUAGAAAAUGUGAAAUUACUGGAUCGUUAUGUGGGUAAGAAACCAGCUAAUGGGAUUCUGUAUCUUACUGCAACUCACCUGAUCUAUGUGGAGGCUUCUGGUGCAGCCCGGAAAGAAACAUGGAUUGCACUCCAUCACAUUGCCACUGUGGAGAAGUUGCCCAUCACUAGCUUGGGCUGUCCCCUGACCCUCCGCUGCAAAAACUUCCGGGUGGCCCACUUUGUUUUAGACUCCGAUCUUGUGUGCCAUGAGGUUUAUAUUUCACUGCUCAAGCUUUCUCAGCCAGCAUUACCCGAAGAUCUUUAUGCUUUUUCUUAUAAUCCCAAAUCCUCAAAAGACAUGCGGGAAAUUGGAUGGAAACUGAUUGACCCAUUAUCAGACUUCGAGCGAAUGGGAAUACCCAAUAGGUACUGGACCAUAACAGAUGCCAACAGAAACUAUGAGAUAUGCAGUACCUACCCACCUGAAAUAGUGGUUCCUAAAUCUGUUACCUUGGGAACAGUGGUUGGAAGUUCAAAGUUCAGAAGUAAAGAACGUGUCCCUGUACUCUCCUACCUCUACAAAGAGAACAAUGCUGCCAUUUGCCGCUGUAGCCAGCCUCUGUCUGGAUUUUACACUCGUUGUGUAGAUGAUGAGCUCUUGCUAGAGGCCAUUAGCCAAACGAACCCAGGGAGCCAGUUUAUGUAUGUUGUAGACACAAGACCAAAGUUGAAUGCCAUGGCCAACCGUGCAGCUGGGAAGGGGUAUGAAAAUGAAGACAACUAUGCCAACAUUCGCUUCAGGUUUAUGGGCAUUGAGAACAUCCAUGUAAUGCGGAGCAGCCUGCAGAAACUCUUGGAAGUUUGUGAAUUGAAAACUCCAACAAUGAGUGAAUUUCUUAGCGGCCUGGAGAGCUCAGGGUGGUUGAGACACAUUAAAGCUAUUAUGGAUGCUGGAAUUUUCAUUACAAAGGCAGUGAAGGUAGAAAAGGCCAGUGUCUUAGUCCAUUGUUCUGAUGGGUGGGACCGCACAGCACAAGUCUGCUCAGUGGCCAGCAUCCUCUUAGAUCCAUUUUAUAGGACAUUCAAAGGACUCAUGAUCCUGAUAGAGAAGGAAUGGAUAUCCAUGGGCCACAAGUUUUCCCAAAGGUGUGGCCACCUGGAUGGAGACUCAAAAGAAGUGUCCCCUAUCUUUACCCAGUUCCUAGAUUGUAUUUGGCAAUUAAUGGAACAGUUUCCCUGUGCCUUUGAGUUUAAUGAAAACUUCCUGUUGGAGAUCCAUGACCAUGUUUUCUCCUGCCAGUUUGGAAACUUCCUUGGAAACUGUCAGAAGGAUAGGGAAGAUCUAAGAGUUUAUGAGAAAACACAUUCCGUGUGGCCUUUCUUGGUUCAGAGGAAACCAGACUUCAGGAACCCUCUCUAUAAAGGCUUCACUGUGUAUGGGGUACUCAAUCCUAGUACUGUGCCCUACAACAUUCAGUUCUGGUGUGGAAUGUAUAAUCGCUUUGACAGAGGGCUACAGCCCAAGCAGAGUAUGCUAGAGAGUCUUUUGGAAAUUAAGAAACAGAGAGCAAUGCUGGAGGCAGAUGUGCAUGAACUAGAAAAGAAACUGAAAGCCCGUGAUGAGCCACCAGAAGAGGUCUGUACCUGCUCUCAAUUAGGGAAUUUAUUAUCCCAGCAUCUGGGAAGUCCUUUGAGCAAUCCUCUCGGCUUUAUGGGUAUUGAUGGAGACCUGAAUACCUUGAUGGAGAAUGGUACCCUGUCCAGGGAAGGAGGCCUCCGAGCUCAGAUGGAUCAAGUAAAAAGCCAUUGUGCAGACCUCCACCGUGACUGUUGUGGGAUUGUGGGAAGCCUUAGGGCCAUAAAUAUCUCUGGGGAUGUGGGCAUCUCUGGAGACACAGGCAGCUCUGAGGCCACAGGCGUCUCUGGAGACAUGAACAUCUUUGAGGCUAUGGGCUUCUCUGGAGACUUGAGUAUCUCUGGGGCCACGGGCAUCUCUGAAGUCACUGGUAUCUCUGGAAACAUGGGUAUUUCUGAGGCCAGGGGCUUCUCUGGAGGCAUGAGUUUCUCUGGGGGCAUGACCAUCUUUGAGGACACAGACAUCUCCAAGGCCAACACCAAGGACACAGGCUGCUCCAAGCAACAAUGAGAUAGCUACUCUGCUUCCAUGCUAGGUGCACCUGCAGCAGCCACAAUGAUCCUUGUCUCAAAGAGGGCUAUGCUGUUUUUCCAAUUGGUUGAAGUGGGUGAGGCCAGGCAUCCCUCCCCUCACCUAAAGUCUAGAAGGGGACUUAGGGCCUUUACUGAUUAAGCAACCGGUAUUUGCAUGUUAGGCAGUCCAUUAUAUAGGCAAGAGAAAGAAAAAAUAUGUUAUUAUUCUAAAAUGGGAUUUAAUUUUAGAAAUGUAGCCUCUCAGCUGGGAUGCUUAUUAAGCUGGUUCCACUGUCUUUUUUCCUUAAUGACCAGCCUCCCCUACUUUUCCACCCUCACUGCUGUAGCGUGAGCAUGAAGUGGAAAUAUUGUCACAGUGGACAAUUUAGACCUUGUUAAGGGGAUGGAGAGAUGGUAUGCAGCCGAUAACUGUGAAUUGCAGAAUAUUUUAAAAGAAAAUUUUA